AAAUCAAUCAUAGCCUACAACAAUGGCAAAAAGACCGCCAUCGUAUUUAUAUAUUUUUCCAUUGACUCCAUUAAUGACCAAGUCCUAUACGGAAACUAAAACCCUGCCCCUACCAACAAGGUACACACUUGUUGAUAUGCUGCAAUCUUCAUCUAUAAAUAGAGGCAAGGGAGCCAGGACCAACACAACAAAGCCUUCUUUCAUCUCUCUAGCUAGCUACCAAAUGCCUGCAAUGGCCUCAAAAACCAUCUCAGUUUGUGUAGCCUUUUUCCUCAUCUUUGUGUUGCUCUCUCAAAACACUCAUUCCAAAUCUACUCAUGACCAGCAUGACCCCUUCAAGUUCAUCCAACACCUGGAGGGAUGCCACAAGGGUCAAAAUGUGAGCGGGCUGCAAGAGCUCAAAAAAUACCUCACCAAAUUUGGCUACCUGAAUUAUGAUCAUUCAAAGCAUGCCAACGACGAGGAGUUUGAUGACAUUCUAGAGUCUGCCAUCAAGUCAUACCAGAAAAGCUAUCACUUAAAAGUCACUGGAACUCUAGACACCACCACGGGGAAACAGAUGAUGAUGCCAAGAUGUGGUGUGCCGGAUGUUGUCAAUGGCACACGAAAGGGCAGCAAGAAACACAACCAUAAGCACAAGUCUAUCCAUGGGGUUGCUCAUUAUGAGUUCUUCUUCCCCGGACCGCGAAGAUGGUCCAAAACCCAUCUGACGUAUCGCUUUAGUUCAAGUGUGAACCAAGUCCCUGGCACACAGAAUGUAAGGUCUAUAUGUGCACAAGCAUUUCAGAGAUGGGCACAAGUGACCAGUUUUACAUUUGAGGAAGUCCCUGCUACUUCAGCAGCUGAUAUUACCAUUGGAUUUCACAGGGGCAACCAUGGAGAUGGUUCCGCAUUCGAUGGCCCCAGAGGGACUUUCGCGCACGCUAAUCCGCCUAGAGGUGGGAAUUUCCAUUAUGAUGCAGAUGAGAGAUGGAGUAGCAAUCCAGGACCAAAUGAGGUAGACUUGGAAUCUGUCGCCGUGCACGAAAUAGGCCAUCUGCUGGGGCUUAAUCACAAUCCUGACCUCCCGGACGCAAUCAUGUAUCCCUACUUCAAUUAUGGGAGUAUAAAACGGAAUCUGCAUAGGGAUGACAUUGAUGGCAUACGUGCUUUGUAUGGUUUACAGUAGCAAACGCAUUCUUACCGCUUUGACAAAGGUUCUUUAUUACCAAACAAAAUAAACAGAGGAUUGAUGUAUCAAUUAUUUUUGUAUUAUGCUAUAAGCAUUUACAAUAACAAAAGAUGGUUCUUUCUCCUUA